AUGGCUCCCACGGCGAUGAAACAAUGGACUAUCUCCGACACAAAGAAUGGCUUCGACGACUUGAAAUUUGAAGACGUCGCAAUUCCCCGAGUCGGCGAGAAUGAAGUGCUCGUCAAGCUUCACGCUGCGUCUUUGAACUAUCGCGAUUUGAUUAUCCCAAAGGGAUUGUACCCUUUCCCUGUCAACGCCCCGGUGGCAGCUUGUUCCGACGGCGCCGGCGAAGUUGUCGAAGCCGGAUCGAAAGUGACCAAGUGGAAAAAAGGAGACAAGGUGGUGACGCUUUUCAACCAGGGCCAUCAAUUCGGCGCGGUCGACAUCGCCGCAUCCCAAACAGGUCUUGGAGGCGUCCUGGAUGGAACACUUCGAGAAUACGGAGUUUUCAACGAGAAUGGAAUCGUGCGGCAGCCUGCGAAUCUGGAUGCGCUGGAGGCGUCUACCCUAACAUGUGCAGGACUGACAGCGUGGAAUGCGUUGUACGGCCUUAGGCCACUGAAGGCUGGCGAUACAGUCCUCGUGCAGGGGACUGGCGGCGUGUCAAUAUUCGGCCUGUUGCUCGCCAAAGCCGCCGGUGCAACGGUCAUAGCGACCACCUCCUCUCAAGAAAAAGCCGACACACUCACCAAGCUUGGUGCGCAUCACGUACUCAACUACAAGAGUGACCCCAAUUGGGGUGAAACAGCACGAAAGCUCACCUCUGCUGGUGCUGGAGUCGACCACAUUCUCGAAGUCGGCGGACCAGGCACGCUGGAACAGUCGCUCAAAGCGAUCAAAUACGAGGGAAUCAUCAGCAUCAUUGGGUUCGUCGGUGGUUUCAAACCCCAGGGAAACCCGCAGAUUCUGGACGCUCUGUCUAACAUCUGCACCUUCCGAGGCGUUUACGUCGGUUCGAGAGCACAAAUGGAGGAUAUGGUGCGAGCGAUUGAGGUGAAUGAUAUUCGCCCGGUGGUCGACAAGGAGGUUUUCACGCUGGAAAAGGCCCGGGAAGCGUAUGAGUACAUGUGGGCUCAGAAGCACUUUGGGAAAGUCGCUAUCAGGAUCGGGUAG